AUGGCAAGUGCUGCAAAAAAGUGCAUAGGGGCAGCCACAGCGGCGGUGGCGGGCCUCAUUGGUUUCAGUUACACCAACCCCAGUUGGACUCAGCGGAAGUUUGACACCAGCAAGACACCUCCCCUUUUAUUUCUGGAGAAUCCCUCCCGUGAAGAGUGCCUGACUCGUUUCCAGGCAUUCGCUUCCCCUGAAACGCCUAUGGAUGUACUUGUUGUGGGCGGUGGAUCUGUCGGUGCGGGUUCGGCGCUGGAUGCGGUGACUCGUGGACUGAGUGUGGGCCUUGUUGAGAUGAACGAUUACGCGAGCGGAACGAGCAGUCGGAGCACCAAACUUAUACAUGGUGGCAUUCGCUACCUUGAAAAGGCCGUCUUUCACCUCGACGUGCAACAACUGAAGUUGGUGGCGGAGGCACUGCAGGAGCGCGCCAUCAUGAUUCAUCAGGCACCCCAUUUAUGUCACGACAUUCCCACCAUUGUUCCUUGCUAUGACCCAAUUGGCCUCAUCAAGUUUUGGUGUGGAGCGAAGCUGUACGAUUUGAUCGCCAUGUGGGAACGCGGUACCCUCAAAUACUCCGGAUUUCUUACCCCCUACGAGACAAUGAAACGGUUUCCCAAACUUCUCCACGCCAACAAGGAUGGAGAGUUGUUGUAUGGGUCCGUUCAGUAUUACGAUGGGCAGAUGGAUGACGCUCGUGUGUGCCUGUCUGUGGCACUUACAGCCGCCAGCCACGGAGCAGCCACGGUGAACUACGCAAAGGUGGAAAAAAUGGAGCUUGUUCAGAACAGUUCCGGUGAACAGGUGGUGAAGACCCUUGUAACUGAUCGCGUGAAUCAACGCAAGUUUACGGUGUACAGCAAGACUGUCCUAAAUGCAGGUGGACCGUUUAGUGAAGAGGUGCAAAAACUUGUAGCGAAUAAAAACAAGAUUCGCAUCAUGCCAAGCUCCGGAACGCACAUUGUCAUUGAGCCCAGAUAUUGUCCGAGGGAGGGGGGAAUGGUUUUUCCCUCUAGUGAUGGUCGUGUUGUGUUUGGCGUUUCCUGGUUAGGUGGCUGCUUAGUUGGGACCACAGACAACAGGUGCGAAGUCACGGAAGACGUUCGAGCACCAGAGGCAGAUGUGCGUUUUCUCAUUGACAGUGUGGAAGAAUACGUUGGAAAAGUGCCGCGGGAGGCGGUGCUCUCCGCAUGGUGCGGUAUUCGUCCUCUUGCUGUGACAGAGGAUGCAUCGGGGGACAGCACCCAAAACAUUGUGCGUGAGCACAUGGUCUCCGUGGAUAAGGAGCAUCAAAUGAUUAGCGUUACCGGGGGAAAGUGGACGACGUAUCGCAAAAUUUCCCAGGACGCUGUGGAUAAGCUGCGGGACACGCUGUUAAAAGACCGUGUUACGUUCCGGCAGUGUGUGACGGGAGAAAUACAAGUGGUUGGCGCUCACAACUUGGCAUCCGUCCCCGCAGCUGCGCCUAGCGACAUUCCUGACGACGUGCAUUCACACUGGAAGAGCCAGUACGGAGACCGGUACCACGUCCUACUUGAGAUGGUGCGCCGCAACCCGGAAGCGUUAAAGCGACUGCACCCGGAAGAACCCAUCGUGGAGGCGGAAGUUGUUUAUGCGGCGCAACGGGAGCAUUGUGAGCAUGUGCAGGACUUUAUUGCUCGCCGCACACGCCUGGCGUUUCUUAACGUGGAGCGCGCCAGGGAGAUUAUUCCCGGAGUCACGCGUGUGAUGGCUGAAGCAAAGCGCUGGGGUCAGGCAAGAAAAAGCGAGGAACAGACGGAUGCCUUUGCGUCCCUGCACUCCUUCCAGGCCAACUAG